CGUACCGCAGAUCAAGCAGGGGGCGCGUGCUCACAGCAAGCACAUGUUAGCUGUCUUUGCUGCUCAUGCAAAAGCACCCGUAUCCAUAUGUGACCACAUUGGGAAACAUGAGUGUUUGUUCAGGAUAAACAUCAUAUUUCUCAAUUCCUUUGCUCGUGUGCUCAUCAGAAAGGAGGAAAAGUGAGAUUGUUAUCAAAGGGUGGGAGGAGUCUUCUUAUCACUCCUUCUGUUGCUUGUUGGGGCUGUCAGUCAGAACAUGGAGGCUACACCACAAACAGGCCCAAACAGAGGCCAACGACGCCUGAAAUUGGUCAACUUUGAGAUCCAGGAAAACCACAUUUCUCAUGAGACCCAGGGGCUCAGCGACAAACACCUGGUGGUCCGGCGAGGGAAGCCAUUCAAAGUUACUCUGCUGUUUUACAGACAGAUGUGGAACCCAAAAGCAGAGCGUCUGGCCUUGCAGGUUUUGCUAGGUGAAAUGUCAGCAAAAAUGUUGGUCCACUUCUCCGACAAGGGGUCCGAUCCACAUAGCUGGUCAGCACAAAUCUACCCAGGCAAUAUCCGUCAACGUGUCGUGACCAUUCACGUCUGCUCCCCUGUGCUAUCCUCUGUGGCGCAAUAUCAACUCCUGGUGCACAUAGCGGGCACACACGAACAAAGCAGCUACGCCGCAGGAACUUUUGUGCUGCUCUACAACCCUUGGCUCAAGGAGGAUGCAGUGUACAUGCCACUGGAUGUGCAACGACAAGAGUAUAUCAAGAGUGAUUAUGGCGUGAUCUAUAUGGGCACAGACGUCAACGUUAGUCUGAGGCCCUGGUCGUUUGGUCAGUAUGAGCCUGGAGUUCUCGAGGCGUGUCUUCAGCUGCUGCAGGUCAGCCCGCAGCACCUCAGCAACAGUCACAAAGACUACGUUCUACGAGCAGACCCCGCUUACCUGAGCAGGAUCAUCUGUGCUAUGGUGAAUUCCAGUGAUGACAUGGGGCUUGUGGAGGGGAGGUGGAAGGGCAGCUACAAAGAUGGUGUCGAGCCAACCCAGUGGAGUGGCAGUGCGGAUAUCCUUCACCGUUGGAUGGCAUCCAAAGGCAAACCUGUGCGUUAUGGACAGUGCUGGGUCUUUGCAUCUGUCCUCUGCACAGUCAUGCGAGUGCUGGGGAUUCCCUCCAGGGUGGUGACAGUGUUUAACGCAGCCCACGAUGGUGAUGGAAACCUGAUCACUGAAGAAUUUUAUUCAAGCACCGGGGAGAGACUCGGGUUGUCAAAGGACAGUAUUUGGAACUUCCACGUGUGGGUAGAGUGCUGGAUGAAAAGGUCGGACAUCGGUGCCGAAUUUGACGGCUGGCAAGUUGUAGACCCGACCCCACAAGAAAUGAGCGGAGGAGCAUACCGGUGCGGUCCUUGUCCAGUGGUGGCAAUCCAAAGGCGUUACCUGGGCACGCCAUAUGACACUGCCUUCGUUUAUGCCUCUGUUGAUGCGGACAUUGUACGCAUGAUAGUGCGGUCCGGUAAGGUGGUGGGGAAGAAGGUGGAUACCAAGUGGGUGGGACGCUUGAUCUUCACCAAGAGCAUCGGCUCAGAUGUGCCAGUGGAUCUGACGGAUUCUUACAAGAGACAGAAACAAGACCAAACAUACAGAGUGGGAAACUCAGUCUGUCGUGCCUCACGUUCUGUAGGACCUCAUCCUGUCGAAGAAAUGGUAUGUCUUUCGGACAUGCCUCGUCCACCCAUAGAAGACACGUCCAGCUUGGACGUGACCUUGACCGUACAAGGAGAGCCGACCGCAGGCAAGAGCAUCAACCUGACAGUGACGAUCACAAACCUAACAAACAGCACACGCCUCCUGAGGGAGCACCUGAACGCUCAGCUGAAAGAAUUCAACAGCGGCCCAGAAAAAAGCUUCUGGAAGAGCCACCAAGAGGUGCGCAUUCAGCCAUUUGGAGAUUUGACACAAAACCAUUUCAUCCCACUCUCUAAGUACGAGGCUUUCCUGGUAGGCGACGACAUUGUGAAGGUGGUGGCGGUCAUCAAGGACUUAAAAACCAAAGAGAGGGUCCUGGCAAUACAGGAUUUCAACUUGAUCUCACCAAAAAUAAAUAUAAAGGUUGAAGGCGGGGACAGUAUCCAACUGAAGAAGGAGCACACUGCAAUCGUGUCAUUCACCAACAAGCUCAACAAACCCAUUAACGGCGCUGUUCUCACUGUCGAGGGUUACGGGUUGUUGCAGGGCAAACAAGAGGCCAGGCUGACCGUCCUGCAUCCAGAUGAGAAAAUAGAGAAGAAAGUUGCUAUCAUGGCCUCCACUUCAGGCACAAAGCUGCUGAGUGCUUCCUUCUCACACAGCAGCAGCUCCAACGUCGUUUCGAGAACGUUUCACAAAGUGUCCGUCACCACCUAGUGAUACCUAAAAAAAAAAAACGUGGAAUCAUGUGGAAAGUUGAUAUUUUUUGACUCGUGGUCACUUGGAAAUGUAAAUGGUCAAAUGCAUGACGAAAGCAGACUACACCUUCCCUCCACCAUAUAAUUUGAAUAGGUCCAAGAGCUGCAUUAAAAAUCAAAACAUUACAACGAUGAUGAAAUUCUCCAUUAUGAUUAAUUUAGCAAAAUGGUUUGUACUUUACACUCGUGUAAAACUGCACCGCAUCACAAUGUGAACUCUUCCUCAUGCAUUUCUAACCUUUUUUUUUGUUAUAGUCCCAGUAUAUCCAUCCUUCUUAUUAUUAAUAAUAAUCAAUAUAUUUCCAAAAGUCAGCAUAAUGAUUCAAAUAUUACAGAACUGUUUUUAACCCUUUCAGGGAUGGCGGUUACUAGACAUUUUAUCAGGUUACAGGGUCCAUGAAAGGGUUAAUAAAGGGUGACUGAUGGUGUAUCGAUUGCCUUGUCUAACAUUGGUGCAGGCAAGGUAGUUUCAAUGUUUCUCUGUAUAAGCCUGGCUGUGAUGGACAGGCGACCAUUCCAAGGUGCAAUGAUCCUUUUGGCCAAAUUCAACUGGGAUAGGCUGCAAGAUCCCUAAGACCUAACCAGUAUGGAAAAUGUCUGGAUGGAUUUUAUUCUAUUUGUAAAGCUCCGUGAAAACACCAAAUGGUUUCAAAAUGAUGUUUAAAAAAAUCAAAUAAAAUGGACGAGAUGCUAUAUCUCCAAGCGACCACUUGAUGGAAACCUUA